AAUCGUGGGCAAAGAAAGUGGAUGCUUCCACCGUGUCUCUCCUUUAUUUGUUCCACUAAUUGUUGAGUCCCUCUCUUUUUCUCUUUCUCUACGCUUUAGAGUUUAGACUCUAUAGUCUGGCUGGGUAUUGUAAGCACAGUUUCUAGAUUUAGUUAUUGUGAUUGGCCUAACAUCACUCACCCACACCCACCCCACCCUCUCUCUUUACUUUCAUACUCCUUUCUCAUCUUCAUGUCUCAACACCUCUGAGUCCAUGCCAUAGUGUCAACUACUUUACCUUUUUCUCUCUCAUCUUCACUACUUUUUUCUUGGGACACAGACUCAAACACCAACACAGCCUUCAUGGCUGAUGCCACCAAGUACGUUCCCAUCGGUGGUGGUGGCGGUGGCGGUGGCAACCUCGCCACAGACCUCAAGAGCCUCUCCUCCAUUCUCAAAACAAGAAAAACACUCGCUUUUGCCUAUGCCUCCAUGCUCGCCUUCGUCGCUUUCACUCUUUUCUUAGCCUUUUCUCCUUCUCCAAACGCUUCCUCUCCUUGGUUCUCCAACAUCUUCUCUUCAACAUCUACCUCAGACGCUAACUACGACCCUCAAAUUCCAAACAUUUUCUCUUUCCUUUUCCCAAACACCACUAACUCUUCUAGAUCUGCCAAUGCCAACACAACCACACCAACCUCUUUGCAAAACCAAACCCAAACCUUACUGAAUUCAUCCCAAGAUGCAUUUCCUGUUCCUAUUCCAAGCACAAACCUGACCAAAAUUUCUCACGCACCAACUUUGGUGGUGAAGUCACCACCCCUUGAUGUCAAAAAUCUCACUUUUAACCCCAUGACCACAAAUCAAACUACAAAUGUUACUGCAUCCGCACCUACACCUGCACCUGCAACCAGUGUUUCUCGAAGUUCCCCUCUCCAGAGUGUUCCUCAUCAGAACUCUAGUUUUAAUUCUUCGGUGAAGGGUGUUGUGGCGAAUAAUAAUUACACGGCUUCUCUGGCGAGGAAGCAGAGCAAUGGGAACAAUCACUCUAAGGGGAAGGAUGAAUUGAUGGAGUCUAUGAUCAAGUGUGAUUUUUUUGAUGGAGAAUGGGUUAAGGAUGAUUCAUAUCCUCUCUACAAGCCAGAUUCUUGCUCUUUGAUUGAUGAACAGUUCAAUUGUAUUAGGAAUGGAAGGCCUGAUAAAGAAUAUCAGAAAUAUAAGUGGAAACCCAAAGGGUGCAGCCUCCCAAGGUUGGAUGCCCAUCGAAUGCUGGAUUUGUUGAGAGGGAAAAGAUUGGUUUUUGUAGGCGAUUCGCUCAAUAGGAACAUGUGGGAGUCUCUGAUUUGCAUAUUGAGAAAUGCUGUGAAAGAUAAACACAACGUUUAUGAAGCCAAUGGCAGGGUUCAUUUCAGAGGGGAAGCCUCGUAUUCAUUUAUAUUCAAGGAUUAUAAAUUCUCCGCGGAGCUUUUUGUGUCUCCGUUUUUGGUUCAAGAAGGGGAAAUGACUGAUAAGAACGGGACAAAGAAGGAAACACUUCGUCUCGAUUUAGUUGGUCAAUCUUCAUCUCAAUAUAAAGAUGCAGAUAUUCUCAUCUUCAACACUGGUCACUGGUGGACUCAUGAUAAAACUUCUAAAGGGAAGGACUAUUACCAAGAAGGUAGCCAUGUGUACGCUGAAUUAAACGUUCUUGAGGCAUUUCGAAAAGCUAUAACAACUUGGAGCAGGUGGGUUGAUGCCAACGUAAAUCCAUCCAAGACCGUGGUCUUCUUCAGAGGCUAUUCUGCAUCCCAUUUCAGUGGUGGACAAUGGAAUUCAGGUGGACAAUGUGAUAGUGAAACUGAUCCAAUUGACAACGAGAAGUACCUAAAUGAGUAUCCAGAUAAGAUGAAGGUUCUGGAGAAGGUGCUAAAGAAUAUGAAAACUCGCGUGACCUACCAAAACAUCACUAGAAUGACGGAUUUCAGAAAAGAUGGUCACCCCUCAAUAUAUAGGAAGCAAAAUCUAUCACCUGAGGAAAGAAAAUCACCAUUGAGAUUCCAAGAUUGCAGCCACUGGUGCCUUCCGGGUGUUCCUGAUUUGUGGAAUGAAAUUCUCUAUGCUGAACUUCUAAUGAGAGAGUAUCGGAAUAAGCAUGAGCAGAAGAGAGCAUAGGUAACAAAUGAGUUAUAAGGUGAAACAGAAGCAAAUGCAAUCUACUACCAUUUUUGUUCCCACGCAUAUUGAAUUCAGGAUAGUGAAAGUAAGAAACCAUACAGAAAAUGCCUUUUCUAUUUUAUUUAAAGGUUCAAAAAGUGAAGUGAAACGAUAAAUAUAUAUAUACAGAAUUGAGAGAUGUGAGUACUGUGCAAUAAAAUUGUUCAUAUGAAUGACAUAAAUUGGUGAGGAGAGGAGAGGAUAAAAUAUGAGGGUGGUUUUGUUUUUCAUUGUAAAAUGUAAACCAUCCCUUCUUUUGCAUCUUCAUUGUAUUCUAGCCUGAAAGGCUGAUUCCUCUUGUAAAUCUAUAAUCAAAUAGAUUUUAUUUAUUAUAAUCAAUUUAUUGAGAUGAACUGUUUCAGGCCUUCA